ACUAGAAACGGAGAAAUAAACCCAAUCUUUUUCUUCACUCCCACGAGUUGCAACAAAGUUACCAAAUCAGCAGUAAAGUAGUCUCCGAAAUUUCAAACUGUACGGACUCGUCUCUCUCGCUCGCACUGAGAUUAACAUUUUCUACAUAACGAUGGUUGAUAGAGAGAAAUCGAAACAGUCUUGUUCCAGUGGGUACUUGAGUCGGAGAUUGAAGGAAGAAGAUAGGAUAAGCCAGUUACCUGAUCCCUUGAUCUGUCACAUUCUUUCUCAUCUUCCCACAAAGGACAGUGUUAAGACUAGCGUUUUAUCCACCAGAUGGAGGACUCUCUGGCUUUGGCUUCCUAUUUUGGAACUGGAUUCCACAAAACUCCCAGAUUUGAGUGCCUUUAUGAGUCUUGGUGACAGAUUUUUCGAUUCCAACAGGGUCUCAUACAUACGCAAACUCAAGUUAACUAUUACCCAUACUAGUUUUGUAGAUGGAGUAGAUGAUAACGGCUCUGUUUUCACAUCAUGGAUUGAUGCUGCUGUUAAGCGUAAGGUCCAACGUCUACAUGUUCAUUUUCCUUGUCUUGAUGUGAUGAUGCCCCUUAGCCUUUCUACCUGUGAGACAUUGGUUUCCUUGAAACUUCAUAUGGUGGCCUUGCCUUAUACCGAGUCUGUUUCCUUACCUUGUUUGAAGACUAUGCGCUUGACUUCUGUUUGGUUUCCCGAUGAGGCCACUUUUGAGAGACUUGUCUCAUCCUGCCUUGUCCUCGAGGAGUUAGAGAUUGAGGGAGAGAUUAGUUCUAAGAUGGAUGUCUUUCGGGUGUUCUCUAAGUCGUUGAAGAAGCUCACCACAAGGACGUACUCGGCGGUAAAACGUAAGGUGAAAAUCCCGUUUUUUGACAACAAGGCGCUCAUCGAAGGCUAUUCAAAGACGGUGGUGGGUCGGUGCUUGAACCCGAGGGCUCAAGACAUGAAGUCACUUCUUGUGAUGUUUCCCCGUUUCUGGAAUUUGGAGGGUAAAGUGGUCGGUGCUGAUCUCGGGAUGGGCAAGUUUCAAUUCGACUUUGAUGAUGAAGUUGAUAUCGAUGGAGUUAUGAAGCUGGUGCCCUUUCAUUUUGAUCAAUGGAUGGUGUCCAUGGUUCGCUGGAGUCCGACGGUUGAUCCUUUGUAUCCCUCCGCUCUGACUUUUUGGGUUCGCGUCAUGGGGGUGCCCGUUCAAUUUUGGGCUGUACCAACUUUCACCAGCAUUGGAGAAGCGCUGGGAACUGUGGUGGAGGUGGACCUCGAUGGCGGUCGUGUUCAGGUGAUGGUGAAUGGGCUCAAACCUUUAUGUUUCGAGACCGAGGUUGAAUUCUUUACCGGAGAGGAAACUACUGUCUCACUCCGCUACGAACGUUUGUAUGGGGUUUGCUCGAAGUGUUCUAGUCUGUGUCAUGAUGACAAGCAUUGUCCGCCUUUGGAGGAGCCUACUCUGCCUCCGAUGGUGUUACCACGGGAUGAUGCUGAUCGCCGCCUCCAGAGCUACAAGGGAGCUGUCAAAGCGGAUAGACAGCCUGGGACAAGUCAUGAUAGUCACAACGGUGGUUCCCGCAGGGGUCCUAGAGGCCCGCUUGGUCGUGAGGGGUCGCAACUGGAUGGCAAACGACCCUUUGAAGGGAAGUUUGGUAGGGGUCCUAAGCCUCGGUCUGAUACUGUAGCGGGCGAACCGCUGGCCAAACAACGCUGCUUCAAGUCGUAUGUGCAAUACAAUGAGUAUAGGCAUAGUAGGGCGAGUGCUAAGGCAUCUGGUUCUCAAAUGGACAAUCGUACGGUGUCUGAUGGGUCUGUCGCCCAGAUAGAAGAGGGAGAGGUUAAGACUGUUCCAGUGGCGCGGAGGGCUUUGUUUCAGGAGGGUGAGGAUGGUGGAGCGGUGGGAUUGGUGGCAUCACAGCCUUCUACUGGUCCAGCAGCGGAAGGAACUUUGUCCUCUGUUGAGGCUCCUCUUUUGGGGAUUUUGCCUGAGGAGCCGGUGGACUUACUGGGUAAGAAGGAGGUCGAUACAGCUGCAAUUGCUUUGGUUGCGGAUAAGGAUGUCGACGAGGAUGCAGGGGGCGACAGUUUGUCACCCGCAAUUGAGGGGCUUGUUUUGGGUGGUACUGCAGUUACGGUCUCGGCUCAUGAUCCUCCUGUUCCUGUUGGUCCUGCGGUUGUAGUUCCUGCGAUCUCUGCUGGCGUGUCUGAGGAGUUUUCUGUUGAUGGGAAUGGGCUAGCGGACCCGAUGAAGGUUGAUGUUUUGAUUGAAUGUUGUUCUGAUGAAGAGGUCUCUAUGGAGGAGGUUGGAGGGGAUCCGGAGGAGUCUCCUUUGAAGCCCGAUGAUGCUCAGGAGGAUAUUGAGGUUACAGGGAUGGAUGCGGCUCAGCAGGAUUCGAACAUUGUUGCGUCUUCGUCCUCGGUGGUGGAAAAACUUUGCAAGGGAAAGGGUCUACUUGGGUCCAAGAAAUUGAAUGUUUACGUUCGAACCCCUCGCAAGCGUCCGGUCCCAAAGGUUUCUACAGCCUUUGGUCAGUCGCUUCCCCCUAAGCCACAAGAGAUGGACAAGGGGGCAAAUGGUGGUCCUAAACCACCACUUCCAAGAGUUGCUAAAUGAAGGUGUUAAGAUGGAAUUGUCAAGGACUUGGUAACAAGGCAACUAUAGGGUACCUCCGGGAUCUUUGGGAAAGCAUUGGCCAGAUUUUUUGUUUCUUUCAGAAACUAGACAACCUUUUUCUUGUUUGCAUUCUUAUGUUGGGCAUUUUGGUUAUUCGCAUUUCAAAACAGUUGAACCUGUUGGUUGUAGUGGUGGUCUUGCACUUUUUUAUAAUG